GAUAUAUUCAACACAGUCAAAAUGAACGAUAUCGACUUGGACCGCAGAGCUAUCUCAAAUUUUCGCACAUAUUUGCAGUUUCCUACUGUCCAUCCUGACCCCGACUAUAGCGCUUGCGUGGAAUGGCUGCGUUCGCAAGCGACGGAGCUUGGCCUCACUUUUACCGUGAUCCAUUUUGUGACAAACAAUCCUAUUGUCGUCAUGGGCUGGGAAGGAAAAGAACCGAGUCUACCAUCCAUUUUGCUCAAUUCUCACAUGGAUGUAGUUCCUGUUGACAAAUCCAGAUGGACACACCCUCCAUUCGCGGCUGAUAUUGAUGAUGAUGGCAAGAUCUUUGCUCGAGGAAGUCAGGACAUGAAGUGUGUUGGAAUGCAACAGCUAGAAGCUGUGCGCCGUUUGAAGGCUCGUGGCACCACGCAGCUGCGCCGUACCGUCUACUUGAGUUUUGUUCCCGAUGAAGAGCUCGGUGGUAAACGCGGCAUGGAACCGUUCGUUGAGGGAAGGCCAAGCUUGAAGCAGGAUCCUCCUACGAAGUUAACAUUUUCUGAACUCAAUGUCGGAUUUUGUCUUGACGAAGGUUUGGUCAGCGCCACAAAUGACUACGAAGCUUUCUACGACGAACGACGAUAUUGUUGGUUUAUAGCUCAUUUUCAUGGCGUUGCUGGUCACGGCCUGUCACUUUUGGAGGGAACAGCUGGCGAAAAACUCACCUGCUUUCUUCAACGCGUCGCGAAUCUUCGCUCUGCGGAGAAAGAUCGUUUGGACCGUUCCAACGGAAAUUUGACUUUGGGUGAUGUGACCUCAGUUAAUUUGACCAUGUUGGCCGGUGGUUCACAACCCAACGUCCUUCCAUCAACUCUGUCUGCCUGGUUCGACGUGCGACUACCUCCUUCUGUGUCACUGAGCGCUUGGAAGGACCAACUGAAUCAGUGGGCAGAGGAAGCCGGAGGUGGAAUAGAGUUUGAAUAUGUCACUACUGCACCCGAUACUUGGGAGGCUGCUCCUAUUCCCGACGAGAAGACAUGCCCCUUUUGGUCCACGUUGACAAAAGUCUGUCAACGUUUUGGUGCUGAUGUCAGUAAACGCAUCUUUCCUGGAGCUACCGAUUCCCGAUUCGUUCGUCAGUUUCACCGCACCGCCAACGCUGCCCCAGGCUGCAGAAGAAUACAAGCCAUCGGAUUUACUCCGAUUCGUCGGACGCCUGUUCUACUCCACGAUCACGACGAAUACGUUACCGAAGAGGAAUUUCUAAAUGGAUGCAGAUUGUACACCGAGCUUCUCUAUGACUUGUCUGAAUUACCCUAAGCGAAAUUCACUCAACCGCUCCUGUCUGUGAAUUCUUGGGGCGCGAGAUUGUCUUCUUUCACGGUAGUCGGUACAGGACUGUUUCCAUUUUCCUGUACUUUUCUAAAGGUGGCCGUUUCUCUAUCGUCUCCAAUCACAUCGGCGUUUUUCUAGCCAAAUUUUGCUGCUUCAUUUUGAGAACAAUCUUAGUUUAUACCGAAAUUGUGCUUUUUUCUUUGUUGAUUUCUUAUGCUUACCAUCAUCCGCCAAACGCGUUUGACUUUUCGGACGCCCAUGAAAUGCAAUUCAUCUGCGAAAGUUGGUUCUUUAGAAAUUGUAAUUCCACCUGCAUACACUUAUUCGAAGCGCCUUUCCUGUCACAAUUCAUCUGCUGGUUACAUAUGUUACCGCCAAGUCUACCUAUUGCUGACCAUAAGAUUUCAAGUGGCCUUCUUGAACAA